GCCCGCCUUCCUCCAAUGGGAGGAGCCCGAGUUCGUAGCCGUGCGCCAAUGGUGGGGGAAGCCGGAGUCCCUGGUAACGGGACCGGGCCGGACCUCCUUCCAGGGAUGUGGAGCUGCGGGGGUCGGCGGCGGCGGCGGAUCUUGGGAGCCGUCUUUUUGGUCCUCAUGGCGGCGGUUGUGGUGCGCAGGCAGGAGAGGAAUAUGUCACUUUACAGACUUGGGAGGGAACAUAUGCCUUUGACUUUACUCUCUGAUGGAGGAAGGAAGGACCAGUUCAUCUUUUCUUCUAUUCAGUAUUACCCGUGCCUGCCUGUUGUUUCAGAGGCCUGUGGGGAUGAGGUGCUACAGAGAUUGAAUUUAUCAGACAUGGUCCCGGUGCGCCUGAGGGGCCGGGUGCUGGGCUUACAGGCCAAGGAUACCCAGUUCCUACUGGAGGAGAGGCCAUUCCGCAUUUUGGGAGGCUCGCUGCACUACUUCCGCAUCCCCCGAGAAUACUGGAAGGACCGCCUGAUGAAGAUGAAGGCCUGUGGCUUGAACACCGUCACAACGUACGUCCCAUGGAACCUCCAUGAGGCAAUAAGAGGGAAGUUUGACUUCAGUGGAAACCUGGACCUGCAGGUUUUCAUUAAGAUGGCAGAAGAAGUUGGCCUAUGGGUGAUUCUCCGCCCAGGACCUUAUAUCUGCUCUGAGUGGGACCUUGGCGGAUUGCCUAGCUGGUUGCUCCAAGACCCUGAAAUGCAGUUGAGGACAACCUAUCGGGGAUUCACAGAGGCUGUGGAUAACUACUUUGAUCGCCUGAUUCCCCAAGUGGUCCCUCUUCAGUACAAGUAUGGUGGUCCAAUCAUCGCUGUGCAGGUGGAGAAUGAAUAUGGCUCCUAUGCCCAAGAUCCAAGUUACAUGACGUAUAUAAAAAUGGCCCUGACCAGCAGGAAGAUUGUGGAGAUGUUGAUGACCUCCGACAACCAUGACGGACUGGUUUCUGGCACAGUGGAUGGAGCCUUGGCCACGAUUAACUUUCAGAAGCUGGACACAGCCAUCAUGGUAUUUCUCAGCACAGAUCAGCGGAACAAAAUGCCAAAGAUGGUGAUGGAAUACUGGACUGGAUGGUUUGAUUCCUGGGGAGGACUUCAUCACGUCUUUGAUGCAGAUGAUAUGGUACAAACAGUUGGAAAAGUCAUUAAGUUGGGAGCAUCCAUCAACCUCUACAUGUUCCAUGGGGGCACAAACUUCGGCUUUCUGAAUGGUGCCCAGCAUUCCAAUGAAUACAAGUCAACCAUCACCAGCUAUGACUAUGAUGCUGUCUUGACCGAGUCUGGGGACUACACCUCCAAGUUCUUCAAGUUGCGGCAGCUUUUCACAGACAUACUGGAGACCCCUUUACCUGCGCCUCCUGUAAUUUCAAGUAAAGCGUCGUACGGGGCAAUCCUGAUUCAGCAAUACGUCUCUCUAUGGGAGGUGCUGCCCUCUCUGGUCCAGCCUGUCAAGUCCGAGCACCCUGUUAACAUGGAGAACCUCCCGGUCAACGAUGGUAACGGACAGGCCUUUGGGUAUACGCUCUAUGAGACUGUUAUACCUGGAGGAGGAAUAUUACAUUCAUAUGACCACAUCCGGGACAGAGCCCAGGUGUUUGUUAAUAUGCGGUAUAUUGGCCACCUUGAUUACAGCACACAAGAACUGGCAGUCCCUAACGGACAGGGAUACCGGCAACUCCGGCUUCUGGUCGAGAACUGUGGGCGAGUCAAUUACGGAGAGCAUCUCAACGACCAGCGGAAAGGCUUAAUUGGUGACAUCUCUCUCAACAAAACCUCCUUAAGGAACUUCAAGAUUUACAGCCUGGAGAUGAAACCCAGCUUCAUGGAAAGUCUACGUGGAUUCACUCCCUGGAGUGCCGUUCCCGACAGUGCCGUGGGGCCUGCAUUCUUCCGAGGCACCCUCCAAGUGCAGCAUUUGCCUCAGGAUACUUUCUUAAAGCUGGAGGGCUGGGAAAAGGGAGUUGUGUUUGUUAAUGGGCAAAACCUUGGUCGCUACUGGAAGAUUGGUCCUCAGGAAACCCUUUACCUCCCAGGGACGUGGCUUCAGGAAGGACACAAUGAGAUUAUCGUUUUUGAAGAGCGUUCUGCCGGCCGGAUUCUCCAAUCCACAGACUUGCCUUUCCUAGGAAAGGUUCAAUACGUGAGCUGAGUGUGGGACUGUGGUCUCCCUGGCCGCUCUACCAUCCACAAGGUUCACUUUAAGCUCUGGUUGAGGGUUCCUGGGGCACCGAAGUCUGGAAACAAGCGAGUCUUCUCCUCCUCCUCUGCUAUAUCCCUGAGAAAGUCAUGCCUCUAUGCCAAUGAAUGUCCUGGUUAUGGAUUAUGUUUGAUUAGUUAAGGUUUGCCUCAUCCGUGGAUUUAAGAGGAUGACUCUGAAUACUUGAAAUGAGAAAACAAAAUCCCCAGAUAUCUUGGAGUCUUGUCCUAGAGGAUCCAACAGUUCCACUGGUUCGUGCCCCAUUUGUAACAAUAGAAGCCAAGGAACUGGCAACGGGAUCAGUGUGCAAGGGGUGCUGAGGAUCUGGUGAAUUUAAGAAGCUCCUCCAGGGUUUCAACUUGAACCAGGCCCAGUUGGAAGAGAAAUGGUCUCACUGGCACCUGCAAUAACCAAACCGGGGAUAUACAGGACUUUCCAGACAGUUGAAGCCCUUGUUGUUUUGAAGAAUAGAUUGUCUUUUAUUCCCCUCUUAGGUGCCUAGUUUGGUCCUUAGGCGGGAUGGGUAGGAAUAUAAUUUUUACAUUUAUGCAUCUAUUUUGUAGUGCAACCCCUGGAUUGUUAUUAUUUAUUAAAGGUACUUGAAGGACCACAGCAAGUUCUCCAAACCCCAGCAAAUGAGCUGGAAGACAUGUCCAAGCCAUAUAGAAAUGGAAGCCGGCUGCCUUUGGGAGUGCCCACACUUGGAAAUUGGACAUUAUGUCGAACUUCUAAGUGCACAGGACGCUCCACAAAUUGGUUAAUUCUGUGCUGUUUGUACCGGUGAGAACAAUGUAUAUGAUUUCCUGAAACAGAAUGCAGAUUGCCACUGGCUAUAGUUUAUAGCAGGGUUUUGUGGGUUUUCCAUGAGAUGGCAGAGGUCCCUGUGAUAGUAAUAUAGAAUUCUGAGAUGUCUUCUUCCUCCCUCCCCAUGUCUUCCCUACAUAUAAUAGGCCAGGAUGGAUGGCCAUUGGCUUCCUGGCGGUAGAUGAUGAAUGCAUUAGAUCAAAACAUCUGAAGACCACCAAGUUGAUGAAGACUGAAUUAGAACAUCAGGGGAGAUUUUGCUUGACUGAUCUCUCUCUGAUAGAGUAAGAAGAUUACCAACAGAUCUAGGCAGAAUCUGGGACAAUGCCAUCCAAAGUUCAACUGCCUUGUUCUGGUUCUCCUUGAAAACUGGCAAGACUUUAUGCAUAGUCCACACACUUCUAUGCCAUAUGGAUGAAGCGAGGCUUUCUGACUAUUCCCAGACUUUCUCUAUUUUUUGUUGGCCUUUGUAAGACAAGGCUAACAGUAAAAGUAAUGAGAGUCAGCUUGGAAAGAAAAUACCUUCUUUUUCACCUGCCUUCCCUGGAAUCCAAAGUAUUCUGAGAAGGCAAUGUAGUAUAUGUACACAAGAGAAGAUGGGUGUGUGUUGAUUCUCCAACUGAAACUUCAGCCAGUAUUUAGCAUGACGAGGCAGCUGUCUAUUAAAUUUCUCAGAAUCUGGAACAGCAUUAGGCAGGGGAGACAGCAUGGUGUCUUCCAGAUGUUAACUCAGGGACUGAAUCCCAACCAGAAUGGCCAGUAGCUCAGGACUGAAGUCCUACAACCUGGUGGUCUUUGGAAGGAUAUACUGAGUUCUUGCUUUUCUUCCAGUUUUCAGAUAACCCCGAGACCUUCUCAUUUCCAAAUUGAGACCAACCAAAUCUCUAUCAGCACCCGUUUGGGGAAGAGUUCUUUCUCCAAAUGCUCAAGAUCCAAUGUUUUACUUCUUUUUCCACUAAUCUGAAUUUCCUAGCUCCAUUUCCAGUCCUUUAAAAAAAUGAACUAUGUUCUCUAACAUACCUCUACCUGCUCAGGUUAUUAUUCAGGAAAUAGUUUUGCCUCAGCGUUGGCCCAGUCCCAUUUCGUUUUUUGGCGCAACUGUGACUUGGCAGGCACAAUAAAUUUUGAGGGCCAUCUGGCUGUUAAAAACCAUAUUUAAUUUUAUUUAACAAAUUAAAUACAGUUGAAUUCAAACUUGAGAACAGACAGUGCAGCUUUUAAAAAAAGAAACCAAACCCAUUGUCUAUCCGGAUGAUGUGUUCCCAGCCCACGCAAAGACAGGUGGCUCCCAACAGCGGAGAGCCAACAGCGCUUCCACAAGUUCCGCUGCAGAAACCUGGGCACUGCAGUUCAUAAAAGCACCUUUUAUUUUGCAAAACAAAAUCGAAAUUAAAGGAUGCAUCAUUCUGAUUUAUUGUUAAAAAAUCCUUCAUGGUUCACCACAAUCUGACAGGGUUAUUGUUGUAAAUAAAAAAGACAAGGCAUGCUAUAAGAGGAGAUGGCAGUUGGAAGCCACUCUUGCAUUGUCAAAACUAAGUCUUUUUUAAAAAGCUCAAUGCCUCUCACUUCUCUUCAAUGAGUUUGAUCUGGUUGUGUUUUUCGAGGUUUCUAACUCGGGCUCAUAAUGGAGGGAAACGCCAGCAUGAGACGUUCUGGAUUGUCCACAUUUCAUACAGUUGAGUUUUGAAUUUAGUCCAAGGUUUUCUCCUCUGGGCAAAAUAAAUUACAAAAGAAUUGUUCACAGUUGGAAACAAAAGAGCCUUAUUGGUUUUAAGGCCUGUUGGUUUGGGGUUUUUCUCUCUCCCACUUGAUUGUUUUAAUAAAUAGUGCCAUAAAUGGACAAAGAAAAUAAAAAUGGUCUCUUAUUAUUGUUA